UGCUUGUUGUUUGCAAAAAAUUUCAUUAUUUCAAUGAACACUUCAUUAAUGAACUUUCAUAUUUCAUAUUUCAGAAACAUUAUUAUUUGAUCUGAUUUCUUAUACUUGUUUUUCCCGCUUUACUGUAUAUGCGCGCUGCGCCCACGUAGUGGCUGGAACGGAGACUAUAAGAUCUGCUGAAAUGUGUAUAUAUUCUGCUCUGUAGCAGGAGGGAGUAGGAAGUAAAUAAUGUUGAUAACAUUUUCUUCACAGUAUUUAAUUUACCUUAGUUGAAACUGUUUGACUCGAGUAAGUCUUUUUUUUACUUAUAACAAGUCAAUAGCAAAGAUUAGGACGAAACUAGUUGUGCACGAAUAGAUUCAAAUGACAGUUAUGUUAUAUCAUCGAGUAAAGUGAAAAGUAUGUGAACGGCACGCUAUUAAUUAUGAUGGUAAAGCAAGGCUGGCUUAAAACAUUGUUUGUAAGCAUUGUCCUUGAACCAAAUAUCCAACUGUGCCAAAAUUGUGAUGAAGCUGUUAUUAUCUCAUUAGUAAAGCUUUACACAUCGUAUAAGCAGUGCAUCCAUUGAAUCUCUCUCAUUCUCUCUCUCUCUCCUUCCCUUUCUUUCUCUCCCCGCCACCUUUGUGUACUUGGGUGAUACACCGACGCGCGCAGCAAGAGAUCACGUUGCGCAGAAUCAAACCACGUGCAAGUGACAAUUACGCGUACGAAAAAUUCAACAUUAUUUUCAACAGUGCCAACCAAUGGAAGAAUGACAGUUAAAACAUUGCAGUAGUUUCCUACAAAUGAUUUAAUUUUGAUAAGAUUGUAAAAUCAUGACUGGGAAUAAAACUAAAAUAAAAACUUUCAUCUUUAUCAAAUAUAAUAACUUGAAGCAGAGUAUCAAUGAAUUCACAAGCCAUACGAUUCUGUUUUUUGCGCUCGUUCUUUUGAUUGUGUCAGUGUUAGUAUUAAUACUUGCGAUCCAGAGAAGUAAUUAUCAGAAUAAUAGGUACGGAAACAAGAAUAACAAAUUUGGCAGUUAUUUGGACAUGGUUCACAGAAAUAAUUUGAGAAACACAAAGUGUAACUUCAUCUCUUGCUUCGACAUAUAUCGCUGUGGCAAUGUCGGCAAGGAUUUAUUUGUUUACAUCUAUCCUGAAGCACUAGAAAUAGCUCAUACGAACAAUAUGACGAAAGAGUUUCACACAAUCAUACAAUUUAUACAUGGAAGUAAGUACUAUACGUCGAAUCCUAACAAAGCUUGCAUCUACAUACCAUCGAUCGACACGCUUAGCUCAAGACAAAGGAAGAUCAACACCAGAGAUGAGCCUGACAGGCAGCGUUUCUUCAACGCUGGCAGAAAUCAUUUGAUUUUCAACAUCGAACGUAAAGAUGCUCGAACUUUUAAAAAUAAUUCGGAUAAUCUUUUGACGUACGCGAUGAUAGCCGACGUUAGUUACACAAAAUCGGAGUUCCGAAAAGAGUUCGACAUAAGUUUGCCCACGUGGAGUGACUCGUUGAAAAAUUUUCAAUCAGAUUUGUACGGUGCGAGAAACUGGUUUGUCACCUCUUCGCAAUUGAAUAUCGAUUACUUUCUUGAGAAGGAUUUGGCGGAGUUAGCAGUGCAGUAUUCGUCCGAGGUACGCAUACUUCACAACUGUUCGCACUUGAACGAAGUGAAUUUACGCUAUCGUUGCUAUAACCACAACAGAUACAGGUAUCCCGAUGUCUUGAAAUCGUCAACGUUUUGCUUGAUUUCGCGCGGAGAAAAGUCUGGUUUGUCUAUAUUAUUAGAGGCACUAGCUGCCCAGUGCAUUCCAGUUGUCAUAAAUGACGCGGUAGUUAUGCCGUUCAGUGAGGUGAUCGACUGGUCGAGAGCCGCUGUAUUCGUAAGGGAAGCGAGCGUAAUGCAAACGGUGGACACAUUGAGAAGAUAUUCUUCGCGCAAGCUCGAUGAAUACCGCCGACAAGGGACGUGGCUGUACAGCAAGUAUUUUAAGACCAUCGACAGAAUAACGGAGACGGUCUUCGAAAUAAUAUUGGACAGAAUUUACCCACACUUUGCAAGGAAUUAUCAAGCUUGGAACGAAGCCGAUAUUUCAACGAGUGUGCCAUUUGUUCCGUCGCCAUCGGCCGUCUCCAAAAAUAAUGGUUUCACAGCAGUCGUUUUGACUUACGACAGAGUCGAUUCGUUGUUCACGCUUCUCGAAAAGCUCGCGAAAAUUCCAAGUCUCGUAAAGAUUUUGGUAAUAUGGAAUAACGAAUACAAGCUUCCGCCGAGAUCGUCAAAAUGGCCCAAGAUAUCCAAGCCCAUGAAAGUUCUUCACACGGAAAAAAACUUGCUGUCUAAUCGUUUCUACCCGUAUCAAGAAAUAGAAACCGAGGCAGUUCUAUCGAUAGAUGAUGACAUACUCAUGCUGACCGAAGACGAGAUCGAAUUCGCGUACGAAGUGUGGAAGGAGUUUCCUGAUCGAAUCGUCGGAUUUCCAUCGCGAAUGCACGUUUGGGACAACAAGACCAAUUGUUGGAAAUAUGAAAGCGAAUGGACGAAUCAUAUAUCCAUGGUUUUAACUGGAGCAGCUUUCUAUCAUAAAUACUGGAAUUAUGCUUACACUAUUCACUUGCCUGAAAGUGUCAAGGAGUGGGUAGACUAUUACAUGAACUGUGAGGAUAUAGCAAUGAAUUUUUUAGUUAGUAAUAUGACCAAUAAAGCUCCUAUCAAGGUGACGGCUAAGAAAAAAUUCCGUUGCCCCGAGUGCGUUAGUACGGAAAUGUUGUCUGCCGAUUCCAAGCAUAUGAUUCAGAGGAGUGAAUGCGUUAACAAAUUUUCUAGUGCUUUCGGACGAAUACCACUUAUUCCAGUUGAAUUUCGCGCAGAUCCAGUUUUAUACAAAGACAGUUUCCCGGAUAAAUUGAAGCGUUUCAAUAAUGUUGGAAAUCUGUAAAAUUUCAUAAUUACAAUUCAUCAACAGUAUCAUCUUCUCCACUGUCAAAUAACUAACAUGGAUUGUGAAAAGUUAAUUGCAUUGCAUAUAAUUACAUCAAUAAAUAAAUACAUCGCAUAUAAUUACAUCAAUAAUCAAAUAAUUAAAACAGGGACAGAAUGUUCAAAAUUUUUUAUUUUUGGGAUAAGGAAUUCCAAAUUAUUUAGAAUAAAAGUUGAGAUCCCUUGCCUUAAAUUAUUUCCUAUUUUUGAACGAGUUCUUGAGUCACUGAGGUCGAACAAUAUAGUCACAUAAUUUUUUUGUACAAGUUAUUGAUUUUAUAAAUACUUUUUGAGAUUAAUGCAGAAAUAUUGAACACGUUGGUAUCUAAUCACUUUUUCUAUUUUAUUAAGUUUAAAUAGACAACAUUUUAUACAGAUGAAUUCGACAAAUCUUACUAAAUUUUGGCGAUUUGUAAAUUAUGGAUAGUGCUAUUUUUUGAAAUUAUAAUAAGUGUUCCAAUGUAGACGGUUGUCGGAUACUGGUGCACGUACCUUUAAUGUAUUCUGCAAUUAGUUGUACUAUACUAUACUAUUACAUUUGUUUCAUAUUUUUUUAUUAGAGAAAUAUAAUUAUAUCAAUGAGUUGAUAUCUUCAUAUGGCGAUAUUAUGAUUGAAUAAUUCGUAUGUAAAAUAUAUAAAUGUAAAUAUAAUUAAUGCUAUAAAAUAUUCUCAAAUUCGCAUGAGAUAAUAUAUAAAAAAAUGUAAAUAUGUAAAUUAAUAUAAGAUUAUAUAUUAGAUUUUAAACAGUGAAUUAACUGAUGUAGUCAGUUUAUUUAACAAAUUAAUCAUGAUCGUAGAUCGAUACUCAAAAAUAUAACAAUACUCAAAGUGUUAAGAAAAAUUUAUUUCACAUCUGAUGAAUAUUUUAUGACUUUUGAUACUGUCCUGUGCGAAAUGUCAUUUUUUAUUGACAAUUGUAAUAACAUGUAUUUAUGAAAUAGAAAAAGUGCAAUGGUGUAAUAAAUUAUGUUUAUACGGGUAUAUAGGUACAAAAUGAACCGAACAUCCUGAGAAAUGCUGUUUUGUUUAAUAGUUGUAAAAAUUUGAUCGUUUUUAUUUUGUUACAAUUUGAA